GCUCUCAAAAGGUUCGUGCAUAGCCUCUUAUAUAACUAACUAAAGUUAUAGAAAAGGCUAUGGUUCGUGCCACCCGGUGGCAGCAGACGCGGCCUGGUAGUAGUCGUUUCGUGUUUGUGUCUGCGUUAGCCGUAGUGGAAGAGGUUUGCCGUCCGUAUUGCCAGCGUUGCUGACGGCAACACUCGUGGAGCUCGCGGUUGUUUAAUCGGCCGUGAUGAAGCUGCUAUCUGCCUGGAGGCCGUUGAGCAGCGCGUGUGCCCAGCAGUCGCGCCGCUGCUACUCAAUCACCACAAAUGGCGAGCACUGGCUGCACGGCUACCUGAGCGAUGCGAUGGUGCGCUUUCGGGUUGCCCUGCGCACCCUGUGGCCCCGCGGUCGAGUGGCCGUUCACCGUGGCCAGGGACCGCCGGUGCUGUCACGUUACCUGCAGCGGUGGGCGAAACAAACGCGAGCUGCCGACUUGCGGAGACGCGCCGCCCGUCAGCUGUUCGCCGGCGCUCGCCUGCCGCUCAUGGGGCUCACUGGUGUGUGCCUCAUCACCAAACCAUCCCUGGUCACCAGCGAAGAGGAACUGGAGAGUGUCUGCGUCGCACUGCGGGAGCUGGCUGUCACAAUGAGCCGCAAGCGAGAGGGGGCACAGAUGCCAGACAAGGCAGCAGUCAAUCUGGAUGACCUCGAGUUGGGCACUGUGCUAGGCAAAGGUGCCAAUGCGAUCGUGUACAGUGGCCGCUGGAGAGUGCCUGUCAGUACCCAAAAACGUCCUGUGGCAACCGAUGACAAUAAGACUGCCAGUUUUCCAUUGUCCACAGCUGCUGCCAAAGACUUGGGGGGUGAGCAGACACAGCAAGAGGCGUCGACAGUAAAGGAUUUGGCAGUUCCUGUGAAACACAUGCAAGAGUUUUCGCCUGCUGCAACCAUGAAAGCAGAUGAGCUCCAUUUUGACCUGGCUGUCAAGGUGCUGUUCAACUACUAUGCAGCAUCCAAUGCAACAGCCAUCUGGGACUCUCUGCAGAAGGAGUGCCUUCCCGUGUUGGUCAACCAGCUUCUGCCCAAAGGCUUGUGGCGUUGCCGCCUGCCCCCCCAUGCCCACAUAGUGGAGAUGCCAGUGGCAUUUGUGGACUCGGUGUCCCUGCUUCCUGGUGCCACCGUACUCUGGCCGAGUGCCCUGUCUCCUCGCUUGCACCCAGGAGGAUGCGGGCGCAACGCCACUCUUUACCUCGUCAUGCGCAGGUACCAGUGCAGCCUGGCCGAGUAUCUUCAGAGUCAUGUUGCAGCCAGCAGAGACCCGCGAGUGCAGCUCAGCCUCCUCUGCCAGUUGCUGGAGGCUGUCUGCCACCUGGGCCAACACGGUGUGGCCCAUCGGGAUCUCAAGGCCGACAACUUGCUCCUUGAUCUCUCCAAGGGUACAGCAAGUCCCAAGCUGGUUCUGUCGGAUUUCGGCAGCUGCCUGGCCAACUUACAUCUUCAUUUUGUCUCACCUGAGGUCAACCGUGGCGGCAACCCAGCACUCAUGGCACCCGAGGUUGCAGGAGCUGAACCAGGCUUGCUUUCGAUUAUCGAUUACCGACGCGCCGACUUAUGGGCAGCAGGCACCCUAGCGUAUGAGUUGUAUGGAGCACCAAAUCCAUUCUACAACCUUGACAGCCGCACCUAUGCCGAGUCAGACUUGCCCCAACCGCCUGGUGCCAUGCCUCCGGUGGUGAAAGCACUGGUCUCUGAUAUGCUGCGAAGGGAUCCAAAAGAGCGUCCCAGCCCUGCUGUAGCAGCAACCAUCUGCGAAAUGCUUCUACUAGCUCCUAAAGACCUCAUUGAAGGUUCCAGGGACUGUACAGAUGUACGACGCAUCCUUCGUUGGCUGUGCAGCCUCACAGCCAACACCCUGCUCCACUGGGAUGAGAGCACGUCCCAAGUAGAUGGUGUGUCAUCCUUUACCAUGGAUCAGACAGAGGAGCUCCAUUUAGAUCGUACAACCCGUCAAGUGGAUAUCACCUUUGCUGAUAAAAGUGUAGUGCAAGAUCUCCAGUUGGGACCUACAUCAGCCAGACCCAAGUUGCAUUCAAUGUCUCUUGAGCUUGCAAAAGUCCUACUGUGUAGAGUCAGCUUGCCACAAGCAGUCGAAGCACUUCAAUACAUCCGAGCUCACGGGACUUGCAUUUAACAUUAUUUCAGCAGCAACACCUGACAAAAAUUUUGUUCCCCUGUGCACAGUAGUAUGCUUUCUUUCUGGGUACCUGUAGGAAAAUUUGUAUCUAGGUUCUUUCCAAGCUACUUGAACUGGCACAUGAGCUUACAUGCUCUGGUGCGAGGCGAGGCGAGCACUGUAGGGAUUAAACACGCGCAUGCUGUGGUAAACAGUGUAGAUAAUGUGCAUAAUAAAGAUUUUGAUCUUGCCG